CGGACGCGAGGCGAAGGGACUGUGGGAUGGAGUUCCAAAGGGCGGGGGCAGAAAGACGCUGAUACAAUGGUACCAAAAUCCAUUCCGAGAUGUGUUAAAGUGCUUUGCUGCACUCAGGGCAGUGUUAGCUACCGGCAAGUUGGAAGAAACGGAGACUGGCAAAAGUGAUGUGCCGGACUGGGUUUGGAAUGUGUAUAACUUAAGAGCGAGAAUGAUUCAACUGUGGAAAAAGACAAGCUCUGAAGUUAACUAUUCGCCCUGGAGAACUGAUGGCAAGGCAACGAGAGACCCAACCCGAACAGAGCCCUGAAGCACACAAGACUGAAGCGAGGCCAUUAGCCUCUAAGUGCUACUUGGAAUUGCUGAGACGGUUAUAAAUAGCCAUCGCAGGCACAGCUAAAUAUAACCCAUGCCAGCGAUCAAAUACAUUAAGCAGCUACUAAACGACAAAAUCAUUCGCAAAGUUCAAUCUCUCUGGGCAAUGUCCUGCCACAAGGCCGGUGUUGGUUUCACACGCAUCAGACGGAGAGGUUUCCGUGCGGUAGCACUGAGGUCCUGGGGUCUGUAGCCACCUCCGACUUUAACCCGGGAGCACAGCAACGGACGGGGAAAAUGGCCAACAUGGGUCUGCAGCUAAUCGGCUUCUUCCUGGGCCUCCUGGGCUGGUUUGGCACGGUGAUCACCACCAUCAUCCCGCACUGGCGCAGGAAGGCACACGUGGGCGCAAACAUCAUCACGGCCAUAGAGGUGAUGGAAGGGCUGUGGAUGCAAUGCAUCUGGCAGUCCACUGGCAUCUACCAGUGCCAGGUGCACCGCUCCCAGCUGGCACUGUCCGACACCCUCCGAGCGAUGCGGGCAAUGAUGGUCAUCUCCUGCCUGCUCUCUGCCCUGGGCGCGGGGGUCUCCGUGGUGGGCAUGAAGUGUACGGUGUGUUUGGGGGACUCCUCGGCUAAGGGGCACAUGGCUGUGCUGGGAGGCAUCUGCUUCAUCCUCGGAGGCAUCUCGUGCCUGAUCCCGGUGUCCUGGUCAACCAGCGACCUCGUAAGAGAGUUCUACAACCCCAUCUUUCUGUCCGGGAGCAAAUACGAAAUGGGAGAGGCUUUGUACAUCGGCUUUGUGUCAACGGCCCUGACUCUCGUCGGGGGAUUUCUGCUCUGCUUGUCUUGCCCUCGGCGGCCCAGACCCCUCCGACCUCCGCACCUCCAACCUCCGCACCUCCAACCUCCACACCUCCCACGCUUCCAGGCCGCCCCUCAGUGCCGAACUCCAACUGCCUACAAAGGCAACCACCCGCCUUCAAGGACGUCAGCCUCACACAGUGGCUACCGUUUGCAGGACUACGUGUGAGGACUGUGUGCAAAGAGAGAGCAGGAGCGAGAAAGAGACUGUGCAAGGGUACAGAGGAGUUACAGAAUCUCAACACGGAAUCAAAGGAGAACAAGCGUCUCUUCACAGGAUACAGAAGAGAGGCAUCUCAUCACAACAACAACAACUUGCCCCUCACGUAGGUUGGUGUCCUAGAGUGCUUGAGACUGAACUGGGGAGACGGGGGAGGUGAAUAAAGGCAUGGUUGAAAAGAAAGAUCUUUAGGCGUGAUCUGAAGAUGGGG